CCAGAAGUGAGUGAGACUUCCCGGCGGAGACACGUGCUUGUCUUCACUUUGCUGUCUUUUCACUUCACUUCUCCGCUAACGGUUCCUAAGAUUUCCUUCCACUUAUAGACCUAACCAUGGAUUAAUCUCGUGGCAUUGUGUAAGUCUGCUUUGUCUACUUUAAGCACACACAAAAGAAGACUGAGAGGCAUACAAAAUAUACAAUUAAGUGCGUCUGAAAGCUGAUGGUGAAGGCGUGAGGCGCGACUCUGGCACGAUGUCCAGCUACGGGAACACGAAAGAGUCAAGCAGUGGAGAUAUUGGGAUAGCACUCACCUUGGGCUUCUGUGUCGGUGUCCUGAUAGUGGCGGCGAUAAUCAUGGUGAUAUUGAUCAGACGGCAGUGCAAAAAGAAACAGAUGGAAUCUUCCCAGCCACAGAUGGAGGGAGAAAUCACUGAGACUCAGAACAAAGAGCGAGAUUCAGAACCGAUUCUUGAAAAUGGUACUGAAAAGAUCUUUUGGAAGUUUAAAAGAAGUGUUAAGAGUAAGAAAGAAAGGAAACGUGAUUACUCUCCCAUCUACGAUAUUCCAAGACCCAACCCAGUGCCUGUAAGAGUACAUAGCAGCUCAGAUCAAUCCCACGAUCAUCCUACUCCAUCCCCAGUGGCCGUACACGAUAAGAAGCUUGCGUACUCCACCUUUGACCAGCCUUCGAAAGUGACAAUCCAUGCACAAGAAAACAUACCUGAAUACUCCACUUGUGACCCUCCUGCCAAUAUUCCAGUGUCUACGGAGGAAGACAACAGAGCCGGAUACUCUACAUGCUCGUACAACCGUCCACCAAAGAUUACAACACCUAUAGAGGAAGACAACAGACCCGGAUAUUCUACAUACGACCGACCUGGCAAAUUUUCAGUGCCUGUGGAGGAAGACAACAGACCCGGGUACUUUACAUAUGAUCGCCCUCCAAAGACUGUAACACGUGUGGAGGAAGACAACAGACCCGGGUACUUUAUAUAUGAUCGCCCUCCAAAGACUGUAACACGUGUGGAGGAAGACAACAGACCCGGGUACUUUACAUAUGAUCGCCCUCCAAAGACUGUAACACGUGUGGAGGAAGACAACAGACCCGGGUACUUUACAUAUGAUCGCCCUCCAAAGACUGUAACACGUGUGGAGGAAGACAACAGACUCGGGUACUCAACAUAUGAUCGCCCUCCAAGGAAUGCAACGUCUGUGGAGGAAGACAACACGCCAGGAUACUCUAUAUAUGACCGCCCUCCAAAGACUGUAACGCCUGUGGAGGAGGACAGUAGGCCAGGAUACUCUAUAUAUGAUCGCCCUCCAAAGACUGCAAUGCCUGUAGAAGACAACAGUCCCGAUUACUCUAUAUACGACCGACCAGCCAAUAUUGCAACGCCUGUAGAAGACGAUAGGCCCGGAUACUCCACAUAUGAUCGCCCUCCAAAGAUUUCAAAGCCUGUGGAAGAGGAACCUACAUACGACCGUAUUUCUCAGUUGUUGAACCGGACCAAUUACGAAAGUCAAGAGGAAAAAUCACCAUCCCCUUCCGAUAUACCAGAAAUAUCCACCAACAAACAGGAAUCACCCCCGCCCCUCGCCCCGCGCGCCUCCACCAAUAGGCUGCAGUCUGCCCCACCUUGCUCCUCCUCCAAAGUCAUCAUCACAUCCACCACCCCACCUCCUCGCCCUCCGCUUCCCCCUCGCCCUCGUGUUCCUUCCAAUGGGCUAACGUAAUGUAGAAAUGAUGUGGAAAUUUGUGUCUGUAUUGUGUUGUGUCGUGUUGUGUUGUGUUGUGUUGUGUAUUCUCGGUGUUUUUGUUGUUGGUGGUGAUGGUGAUAGGACUAACGACUACCACUACGGUAGUCGUUAGUGAUGAUAAUGGUGAUGAUAACGAUGACUAUGAUGAUGGGAAUUACAACUUUUCCUGUUUUUUUUCCUUCCUUAAUUCUUCGUUUCCUUCUUAAAUUCUUUCCGCCUUCCUUUCUUUCUUGAACAACUAACUAACUGGCUGACUAGCUGACUGAUUAACUGACUGACUGACUGACUGACUGACUAACUGACUGACUGCUUGGUUAAUUUAUUUAUGAAUGAUUGAUAGUCUUUUAAGUAUAUCUCUGGUUAAUCAACCAACUAGUGAUCUCUUGUUCGUGAUUUUGUUGAUAAAAUGAGUAUCCCUUGAUUGUAUAUGUUACCAAUUAUGGAUUCAUUUUGUGAUAGAACUGGUUUGUCUGAUUUUCAAUUGUUUCUUACAUUUCUGUACAUAAAAACAAAUUUGUGUGUUGAAUUUUAUAUUGCUUCAUGCACUGGUCUGUGUGUGUGUGUGUGUGUGUGUUCCAUCAUGUAUAUAAUUAUUUAUAGACUAUUGUUUAUUUGUAAUGACACUUCAUUUCUUUACUUUUAACUAUUUGUUUGUUUGUUUUGUCUAUUUGGUGUGCUGUAAAUAAAGUGUUCUGUUGUA